GUAUACAUAUCAAACAGCCGUUACCGUUAGACAUUAUAGCUACCGAAUACCGGGAGACAGUACCCCCUCGUUGAACGCGAAACUAUCUCCCCACAAAACAAACACAGCAUUGAUAAUCAAGAUGUCUCAACGAGAGGCUCGCCCUGUUUCCUUCGUUAGCACCACUUCGCACCACUCCUCGGUACCGCUUCCUGGAGGAAAUGCCACAGCCACGGGGCCGUCAUCCAACCCAGCCACCGCAAGUCAUCAAAUGUGGACGGCGUAUCAGGGUCCAGUACUCUACACAGGACCUGAUGGAAACCGCCACCACCGUACGACGACAUUCGAGAGGUUUCAAAUGGUAGGAGAGGGCGACCGGUCAACAGAAGUGACGAGUCAGACGGGUUACCUUAACAGACCUCCCCCCGGCCAGGCAUUCCCUAAGGCUAAAAAUGGACAGGUUGGCGAGAUCGGUUGGCCCGUAGAUACGUUUAAAAUAUACAAAGGGAUAUAACUGAACUUCCUUGUUGAAGUUUGCAAUAUGGCAAGAAACUUAUUAUUAUCAUUUUAAUUCAGUUUUACAUCAACAGACUUUCACCUACAGCGAUUAUCAUGAACUUUAUAAUUUAAAAGACACUUGCGGUCAACUCAUAUACUUAUGAACCUUUACGCUAUGGUAUGGUAAAAAUAUGUCAGUUCAUUUUCGAUGACCUUCAGGACAAGCAGACUACGCAAGGCAUUCGAUGUGGUACUACUUGCAAACAGUUAAACGCUGUAAAAGGAAACUGCACUCUUUUUGCAUGCCUAUCUCCUUGUUUUUGAAGCUCUUCUAAUGCAAUUUGUAUGUUGCACUAAGCAGCACAUCAUGUGUACGGUUCGUUAAAUGCCGUUGAGGUGUUAUCAAAUAAAUGUUUCUUUCAUUUUACAAUCUGAACUUUAUCUAUGAGUAAGUAAAGCAGAAUGUUAAUAAAAAUCAAAUAUUA